AUGUCCGAUUCCUAUACCAGAUCUUCCUAUUACUACAGUUCUUCAACCAAUACGGAUAAAGGCACCACCACUGCCACCGGACAUCGGUACUCUACCACUUCACACACCGAGCCGGAUGGAACGACGACUGUACGGACAGCGCAUCAAGAUUUGGGAGAAGUUCCUAUUAUUGAGGAGCGGCGCUAUGAUAGUUCUGGUCAAGAAGAAGUUGCUGAGCUAGCUCUUCCUGGUCCAUCGGGGUCGUCUGCUGGUGGAAUCAGGCGGAUUACAGAUCUUGAUGAGUAG